AUGUCAUCCUCCUCACCUGGUAUCACCAUUGACAUACAAAAGAAUAGUGGACAAGGAGCUGGAUCUACUACAUAUAAAAUAUCUCCUAGUAAAGAAUCUGUCAGUCUUAGGAAGGAAGAGUAUCCUCCUAGCUCUGGUUUCUGGAAGUUCACACAUAUCAAGGAUGGUGCUGGAGGAGGGCCCUUUGAAGUUACCGAAGUGCAGUAUAAUGGCCGACAUACUGAUAUAAAACCGGAGGGACCUAUUAAUAGUUUAUCUGUUUGGUACUGGGACCAAGAUUUCGGACUUUCCACUCCUCUUUUGGUGGAGAUCAAAAAAUCAGACAAUAAAUAUGAUUAUCACUUUAAUAAAGGUGGUAGUGGAAGUAAUAUAAGCUGGCAACCACUUUCUGGAAAUUCAAAAUCAAAUCAACUCACCGGUAAUGAUCUUGAGGCCAAGCUCGAUCACCUCAACUGUAAUCUCAACCAGGCAGUCACCAUUACUCUAACUUUUGAGCAUUCUAGCCAUCUUUCUGAGACUCAUGCUAAGAAUAGUGGUAGGACUAAGUACUGUUGCGAUUACCAUAAUCCUAGGGGUGUUAAUGACCUAGGAAAUAUCACUGUUAAUAAAGGGGAGAUAAGAGUAAAUAGUGCCAAAAAGGCUGAUUACUUCAAACAUACCAUCAAUUCUGGUGAUUAUAAACUUGCAAAGAUUAAGUACGAUAUUACCAGGGGUGGUGGCAUUAGGAAGCGCAUAAAGUCCUCUGAGCUAGCCUUUCCCGUCACAGGUUCUGUUAGCGUCUAUGUAUUUUACUGUAAACAGAAUCCAGCUCUUAUUUAUGUUAAAGGAACUGGGCAAAGCAAAUGGUACAAGAAACCUAAUGAUAGUAGCACUACUGGUAUUAGUGGAGAUGAACGGUGGGAGGAGAUCUUGCCUGAACUCAAAAAUACCACACCAGAGGAUAUAAGUAGAGAUAAAGACUGUGACAAAUAUAAUAAACUCGUGGAGGAACUAUAUUGUGCACACAAUGCAAAAUGUCCUAAACUUGCUCAACCCUCACCUCAACAACAAGGUCCUUCUGGACCUACAGGACCUGCUGGUAAAAAUGCUGUUACCGAUAGUAUUAAUGGUGCUGAUGACCAAACUACUGGCGGAGAAACUGCUUCUGGAAGACAUACUUCUAAAGCUCCUCAACAACUUCCUCCUAGAUCAUCUGACCUAGGUACUACAUCCGAAGCUACUGGGGCUAAAGGUGAUCAACUUCCUAAUGUUAAAGACGCCCAAAAUCUAGGUCAAUCUGAUGCUGGACAUAUAGAAUCUUCUGAUGCUAGUAAUUCCAGUGAAGAUGAAGCAGCUGGUGGAGCUGAACCUGAAGGAGAAACUGGUGCUGGUCUCGGAGCUGGAGGAGGCCCUGGUGUAAGAACUCAGACUAGGACUAGUGGUACAGGACCUAGUUGGCCAUUUGGUUUGUCAUGGGAAUCACUUAUUUCUACUAUUGCCCAAGGCCUACUUACUGUGCCACCUAAAACAGUUAAUGCUAUAGCACAAACCUUAUCUUCUGGAUCUCCUGCUAAACCUACUUCUCAACAAGCUGAAGCUAUUCCUCCUGGAGAACAAGAGACUACUGUUUCUAUACCUCAAGAAGGACCUCAAGCUGCUGAAGAAACUCCUAAAGCUGCUAAAGUUUUUGCUGGUCUUCCUGUUGCUGGAGGUAUACUAUCAUGGUCGGCAUUUGGAACAUCUUCUGGUACCCUUGCUGGAAGUGCUGCAACAUUUUUUGGAGGAUGGAAACUUUAUAAUCGCUAUAAAGGAGACCCUUGGGUUAGACAGAUUUAA